AAUCGACUCAUUUGCAAAAAAAUUGAUUAGUAAAUUACCAAAAAAAGAAAAAAAGAAAAAACAGUUUCAACCAUUAUAAGCUUAUUAGAUCCAAGUUUCAUCCAUUAUAAGCUUAAUAGAUCUAUUUGAGAUUCAAUUUUUUCACCAUUAAUAGCCAUAUCUAUAAUAACAAGCUCAACAAAUUCUUUAUACAAUAUUGUAUUGUUAUAUAUUUUCAAAUCAACAGACGUAGUAAACGUAGAACCUUUGAUCUUCAAAUUAGCAAAUUCCGAACCUGCAAUCUCCAAAAUAAAAUAUUAACAUAGUUGUGAUAUUUUCUUGAUAGGACACAAAAGAUUUCUAUAGAUUUCCCACUUUCCAAAAGGGGGAAACAGUAAUAACGUCCAAAAGUGAAAGGACUAAUCGUUGCAAUUACAUAAAAUCAGGACACAGUAGUCGUUGAACUUUAAAUCUACAGAACGUCACCGCCGGCGGCGACGGUUUAAACCGCCCAUCAACCGCCUUUCCAAAAUUUGAAUUUACAUUAACCGCAAUAAUCACCAUAAAAACCAUGCACCAAAUCCAAAAUUUCAGACCAUCUCCCGAUUAAACUUAAAAAAUGGAACAGUCCAACGACAAUGGCAUCAAAAUCUACACCAUCUCCUCGUCAGCCAACUUCGACCACCAACCACCGUCACCACCACCCAUGCCACCGCCAGACUUCACUACAACCACCGGUGGCCGGAGACGGCGGGCAAUGGCAAACGGGGUCCAGAAAACACUCUCAAAGACUUCAAUGCUCGUAAACUUCCUCCCGACAGGAACCCUUCUCACAUUCGAGAUGCUGCUUCCCUCCGUCUACGGGAAAGGUGAAUGCACCACCGUGACCACCCUGAUGAUCAACGUCCUCCUCGGAAUCUGCACUAUGUCGUGUUUCUUCUUUCACUUUACAGACAGUUUUCGUGGGUCCGAUGGGAAGAUUUACUAUGGGUUUGUGAGUCCAUGGGGGUUAAAAGUGUUUAAAUCGGACAUAGGUGUAGAGGUGCCUGACGACGAAAGGUAUAAACUUGGUUUCACUGAUUUUGUUCAUGCGAUGAUGUCAUCAAUGGUGUUUGUAGCGAUUGCUUUCUCGGAUCAUAGGGUUACGAACUGUUUGUUUCCAAGGCAUACUAAAGAAAUGGAUGAAGUUAUGCAGAGUUUUCCGUUGAUGGUUGGGGUUGUGUGUAGUGGUUUAUUUUUGGUGUUUCCAAACACUCGAUAUGGGAUUGGAUGUUUGUCUGCUUAA